CUCCAGCGUCUACUGCACAGCAGCGGUGGUGACGUCAGGAGCACAAGCCUGGGCAACUUCGCGCGUUCGCGACGCGUCGGCGGGAACGCGCAGACGCUUCCUCCACAUUCAGAGCCAGAGAGCAAGAACCAGGAAGUGAAAGUAUACACAUGGAGGGUGUGUCUUUCUCUGCCACCGAAUGUUUUAUUUUUAAAAGCACACAGUCCUCCUCGGAUAAAUAAUGGGGGACUCGGCGAGGACCAAGCGGCGGGAGCAGCUGAAGCGCUGGGACGGCUCCUGCACCGACAAAGCGUCGGCCGUGGCCAGGCGGAGGUGGCGGGGCGGUGCCGAGAACGGUUCAGGGGAGCCGGAGGCCGAGCUCGGCGACCCGCCGAGGGACCAGCCGGUGUCUGUGGACAGAGAUGAAACCAGCCCCCUCCUCAAACGGCGGAAAAGGGUGAGGUUUGACAGGGCUGCAGAGUUCCUGGCUGCAUGUGCCAGCGGAGACACGGAGGAGGCAGAGGUGAUGCUGGAGGAGGCCAAAGAGACCAAAAGGAGGAACGGUGAAGACGUGGGAGAAAUUAUCAACUGUUCCAACGCAGAUGGGAUCACUGCUCUACACCAGGCCUGCAUAGAUGGCAGCAUGGAGAUGGUGACCUUCCUUUUGGAGCGUAAUGCCAACGUGAACCAGGUUGACAGUGAGGGAUGGACGCCGCUGCAUGUUGCUGCCUCCUGCGGCUACCCUGACAUUGCAGAUUUCCUUCUGCAGCGAGGUGCGUCUCUCUCUGCCGUCAACUGUGACGGCGACGUUCCCCUCGACAUUGCUCUGGAUGAGACCACUGAGUCCCUUAUUCAGAAAUACACUAUGAGACAGGGUGUGGACUUGGAGGCAGCCAAGCGGCUGGAGGAGGAACAGAUCAUGACAGAUGCCCGGACCUGGCUGAAUGAGGGCCUGCCUGCUGAUGUACGACACCCCAGGACCGGAGCCAGCCCACUGCAUGUAGCUGCUGCCAAAGGCUACAUAGAAGCCCUCAAGAUACUGUGUCAGUGUGGGCUGGAUGUGUCAGCCAUGGACUUCGAUGGCUGGACUCCUCUCCACGCUGCAGCACACUGGGGUCAGGGGGAGGCCUGCCGCAUUCUUGCUGAACAGCUGUGCAAUAUGGAGGCCCGAAGCAACGCGGGUCAGUCACCGUUUGAUGUAGCUGAUGAAAGUGUCGAGGAGCUCCUGGAGGAGUUAUCACAGAAACAAGCUAAUUGGCGUAAUGAACAGUCCAUAUUGGACAGGCAAAACCAGCAAGGCUCCACAGCUGCAAACGCACAAAACAAACGGCGGAGGACCUCAGUGUGCAGGAUGAGCAGUAAAGACAAGAUGAACGUGCAGGACCAGUCUAAAGAGAGGGGUGUUUCAGGAGGCCUUGAGCUGAGUGAGGAAAAGGAGAACAGUCCCGAAAGCUCCACCGUUUCCAGUCCAGACACUGAGAGUGUGACUACAUCUACAGUCAGUCCUGCUGACAAGACACCAGAGGAGAAAGAUGACGAGGAGAAGGAGCAGGACAAGGCAAACCGCACUGCCAGAGUCCAACCCACUCCUCAGACGAGAGAUGCCACUGCUGAGAGCCCCAACACUCCCAAUGCUGACAGGCGCAAGUUUCAGGCUCCAGUCAGAGACGAAGAGUCUGAGUCUCAGAGAAAAGCUCGCUCUCGGCUGAUGCGGCAGUCACGCCGCUCCACACAGGGUGUGACUCUGACAGACUUGAAAGAAGCCGAGAAGACUGCAGCUAAAGCUGCAGAUCCAGCGCCGCGCAACGUCCAGCCUGUCAGCCCCAUCGUUACUAUCACGCCUGCUGAAAGAGAUACAGACCCAGUGAAGCAAGAGGAGCCGGAGGGGGAGAAGCGCCUGGGAGUGAAAGACAGGAGGAAAGGCAGGAAAGAGAGACGCUCGACUGGCAUCAUUCAGCCAGGUGGAGAGAACGAAGAUGAGGACGCUUGUUUGGAUGACACCAACAGUAACCGUACCACUGAGAGUCAACUGGGAGACUCAUCAGCUGACUACAGAACGCUGUACUUUAAGGUACUGCAGGAGAACCUGGCGCUGAAGGACAAGUUGCAGGAGAUGGAGCUGCUGCUCAGCCAAAACAAAGUGGAGCUGGAGCGACUUCGACAGGUUCGGCAGAGUCAAGAGAGCAGCACAGACAGACCGGCCCUGCUGGAACUGGACAGAUUUGAGAAGUUGGCCCUCCAGAGGAAAGCAGUGGAACUGGAGGAUGAGCUAAAGGUUCUGGGGGACCUCAGAGCAGACAACCAGAGGCUCAAGGAUGAGAAUGCCGCCCUCAUUCGAGUCAUCAGCAAACUCUCAAGAUGAACCUAGAGGAGAAAGGAAAGAAAAAGGAAAAAAAAAACCUACAUGGGGAUAAAAAAGUAUUACAUUCUUCUUUUGCCCAACUCAGAAGACACAAACCAGGAUGGGAGACGGCAGCAUCAGACACCUGCACAGCACAUUCGACUAUUCAACAGUAACUGGAACAACGUGUAGAUUUCAGGGUUAUUCGCCUGUGUUUGGGCCUUUAUGUUUUGGCAGAUCUACUGUAUAAACAAGCUGAACUGCACCUCCUGUGGACUGACAGGAUGUUCCUGUUCACAUCCACUUUUAUAUUAAGUUUUUAUUGUAUUUUUUUAACUGGAAUAUUUGUGCUUUGCUUCUCUGAUACUUUGUGUAAAAUCUGUAUUAAGAGACUUAAAGCCAUGCACAGUGCGAGCUCGCAGUAAUGUUUUAGAUAGCUUUCUUGACCUCUGAGACAAAAAAAAAUGCCAGUCAGGUGUUAAGGGGUGGUUACUAGAGAAAAAAAAAACAACAAGACUUCAAUGUGCCAAAAACCAGCCCCAGAUUUGCAUGUCCUUUGGGAAAAACUCCAGGUGGUCAGUGUUCUCAGGAUGAGUCUUGGGUCGAUGCUUUCUGUUUUAGCUGACUGCUGUAACGGUGGACCAAAUUUGCAUGUUCAUUUCUCCCUGCUCCUCUGAAUGUAUAUUUAACAUGUAUAUUUAUGUACAGGGGUCAUCUGUCCUGACAGUGAUGUAAAGGUGUAGUUGUGGUCUCUGUUGUAAAAAAAAAAAAAAAAAAAAAAGGAUGGAGAGCUUUGGGUGCUAAUCAUGAAUGUCAGACACAGCUCGUGUUCAGAGGGAUUUUAACAGAAACCAUGUGUUACAAACGGCAGAUUUUUCAAGAGGUUUAGGAGAACGCAUGCUCUAUUCUUAGUACUGUAAGUCAGUAGAAAUUUCACUUUGCCAUUUUGACUGGACGCUUCUGAAAGCAACGACCCGUAAGCUAAGUAUUCACCCUGUGACGGACGGCUGUUAUUAUUCAACAGACAGGCCAGAUGGGUCAACUUUUGAAUGUUUACUCCAAUUUUAAAGAAAAAAACCUGCAUGUCAAAUUGUAUUUUGAUGCUGUGCCUUUCAAUAUACAUUUCUAAGUCAUAUUUCUAUUUUGCUUUGGUAAACGUACACUGUUAAGUAUAAAAUACAGUAUGAGCAUAAAUUAUUGAGUCAUA